AUGCUGGGGGCCCACCUCAGGUUCCUGAUCGGUGCCCUGUGCAGUGCCUACAGCGUGAGCCUGGCCACCGCCUAUCCCGACGCCUCCCCGCUGCUGGGCACCAGCUGGGGAGGCCUGACCCACCUGUACACAGCCACGGCCAGGAAUAGCUACCACCUGCAGAUCCACAGGGACGGCCGCGUGGACGGCACGCCCCAGCAGACCAUCUACAGUGCCCUGAUGAUCAGGUCGGAGGAGUCCGGCUUCGUGGUGAUAACAGGCGCGAUGAGUAGAAGGUUCCUCUGCAUGGACCUGAGAGGCAACAUUUUCGGAUCACACCACUUCACCCCGGAGAACUGCAGGUUCCUGCAGAGGACGCUGGAGAACGGCUACGACGUCUACGUGUCGCCCCAGCACCACUUCCUGGUGAGCCUGGGCCGCGCCAAGAGGCCGUUCGUGCCGGGCAGCAACCCGCCGCCCUUCUCGCAGUUCCUGUCGCGGAGGAACGAGGUCCCGCUGCUGCACCUGCACACGCCGCGGCCGCGCCGCCACACGCGCAGCGCCGAGGACGAGCCCGACCCGCUGCACGUGCUCAAGCCGCGGCCCCGCGCCACGCCCGCGCCCGCCUCCUGCUCGCACGAGCUGCCCAGCGCCGAGGACGACGGCGGGGCCGCCGCCAGCGACCCCCUGGGCGUGCUGCGCGCCGGCCGCGGGAACGUGCACGCGCGCGCGCGCCCGCACGCCGCCGGCUGCCGCCCGCUCCCCAGGUUUAUCUAG